AUGUCGCUCGACCGCAUCCUGCAGGAGAUUACCACCACAACUAAUCUCAAUACCUUGCACCAAACAUUGGAAACCAGUCUUCCCAAGGAGUCGAGGGACACUCUUCUUUCAAGUCCACUUGCGAGUGGUCAAGAUCCUUUGAAAAUACUGGACCUCACGCAAAACAAUUGUAUAUCCUGCAGUUCGACUGAGCGUUACCAAGAUUUCGCCCGUCUCGCCCCAGAACGAGUGACGGCGUUAGCGAAGGGAAUCUAUCGAUAUGGGCUCUCCAAUGGCCGCGUGUUCUCCUUUUCGCUCCCGCUAUUCAAUCUUGUCACCCGCUACCCACCCGACACAUCAUAUGUCACCACAAUCCAUCCUGUUUUCCUGCAAGCUGCGUUGUCGCUAGCCAGCCUAGUGCUGCCUGCCCUCCCAAUUCUCGCCACUCCCAUUGCAAACGUCUCAACUCUCCUGUCCGACCUCACUUAUAACGACAACCUCGUCGAUCAUUAUCUCGGUGGCGUGCUUGCAAUGCUGAAAAGAUGGGCGGAGGCGGAGGAAUACUUGGAGAUUUGUAAGCUUCGACUUAUCCAACUCAUCUCGCGCGGAGAGACGACCUCGCUUCCCAAAUAUGCGCAUUCAAGCUUGCCUCGCAUGUUCAAAAACUCAGUUAACACCGAGCUCAUCAAUGCUUACCCGCAAAACAUCGAAACGUUGCAUGGGCUCGUGGACAAGGAGAAGCCGCUGUGGACGUUGCGGAAAUUGACAGCAACCUAUGUUGCUCUGGGUUUGGCGGAGAUUGCUCGGCUGGGCUCUCAACGAUAUAACGUGUCGUCUAGACCGAAGCUUUUGCGCAAAUUUCCGCUUCGGGCACUGUUACAUUCUCCGACCCGCCUCCGCUUUUCAAGGGAAGAAGUCGACUCCGUGUUGCCUUCUGCACAAACACAGAGUGUGUUGCUCGAGGGGCUUGAUAUGGAUAUGGCGCGGGGUCGCGAGUUUAUCAUGAAAGCUGUCAAAAGCCAGGAUGGAUGGUGGCCUGGGUCAGAGGAGGACGUAUAUGCGGGGGGCGAGCGGCCCAUGGGCGGAAGACUCCAUGUUCGCAUCGAGGCUCGUUGUUUCUAG